GAUGCGCGCGCGUUCCCGAGAAUUGAGAUGCGCACUCCCCAGAUGCGGCUCGCCUGGUGGCGUUCCCACCGUUAUGCCGGCGGCAACGGUGAACUUUGCAUACUGGGACGCUGACGUCGUUUCUCGAGUGAUGGGGUCACCGCUCGAGUGUCGACCGCGGCGGUCCCCGGGUGCUGCUGUAUCACAACUUCUCCGGUACGCAUCGAGUGAGAAAUACACACAAACAAAAAUCAUAACGGUGGCUUUCAAUAAUUGUGCGUCACGAAUACCGAGCGGUUCAUCUCAUUAUUGCGUUCACGGUUCCAUGACAGCAUGUGUCUAUCACGAGGCAGUCAUAUUCGGUUAAAAUCCACGUUACGCCGCGCAGAUUAUCUCGCGAGGCAUGUCACGCCCCGCCGCAUCUGCGCUCGGACCCUCCACAAGCUGUGCUCCUCGCAACUCUCGAUCCCGCUGCCGCCCUACCGCUACUUGCCGCACCAGCUGCAUUGCACGCCUCGCCCUUCCACUCGCCAUCUCGCCGCCGCCGGGCCCGCAUUACCCUGGGGAUAUCACAAUCAGCGUGCGCGCGCCCCGUCGUCGUCGCCGUCACCGUCACGGUGCUUCCCCGCGCGCCCAACAGCAUCGAAGCGACUACCAGGCAAUCGCGCGGGUCCCUGUCCAUCGCGCCUCGACCCGUGCGUAAC